AGAGCAGAGAGGGAACGGGUUGGGCCCAGUGAUGUGCCCUGGGGCCAACGGAGGUCCCAAUAAAUGGUGGAGGCUUCUCCUGGGUGUUUAUUUGAGAGACGUGCCCAAAGGGGAGGCUCUUCCAUCUCCUUGGCUGGAUCCUGCCCUAGAUCCCGGCUGAGGUCGCAGGGGGAAUUGUCUGUCCCUGCUGACCUCACCGGCUUUGCACUGCUUUUCUGUAAUUGAUUGAUACGAGAGUGAACCAAAUACUUUCUGUGAAGGUCUUCCAAGGGAGAAGAACCCAACUGAAGAAGAGAAAAAGACCCCGGAGCCACCUGAAGUCCUCAUGGACAUUCUCAAGAAGAUGCAUGCACUACACGUGAUGGCCCAAGAGGCUGUGCAGGAGGUGGCGUUUCCAGAAGAACACAGCAACUCCCUGCCAGUCCCGGGUGGAGCGACAGAGGCCAUGCCAGUGCUGUCAGAGCCCAGAAAAGCCAAAGUAUACGACAUUUCUCGGUCAAACUCAGAUGACAUCAGACAGGAAAUAACUGCUGUUCCAUUAACCAAGAGCACGGCAAAGAUUAUCAAUCCAGAAGAUGUCCAAAUGAGGUUGAUCAUUGGCACAGUAGUAGCCCUUGGUUUCCUGCCCUUGGCAAUGGUCAUCUGCUGUAUUGCCAUUCUCAAGUGGUGGAGAAAGAAAAUGAGGGACACCUCUGCAGCUUCAGAGGUCGGGAUGGAAGCCGGCAGUCACCCCCAGCACCCAGAAAAACCGUCCAGCCGCCCUGACACCCCAGGAACCCCAACCCAACACUAGGAGCUGCCUCUCCAGCAUGCGUCACCGGCACGGCCACCCUCCCCGGAGCCCUCUUGCCCUGACAGCCCAAAAUCCCCAACUAGUGCUGAGGGUCUUCCAGUGUUCCUGCAGGGACCGUUCUCACCAGGGCCUCUACACCCAACAGCUCCGGCUGCGGAGAUUGACUCAGGGAGCUCCUCUGGGAUCCCCCACACCUUGCAGGGUAGGAGACCAGACCCUUGCCCGCAGCGCCAUGCCUUUGGCUCUGGCCGCCACCCCAAGGUCAGCCCGCGGCUCCCUAGGGGUCACUGCUUCUCCCGCUGGUCACUGCUCCCCAGGUGGGCUCAGCUCUGGGAGAGGCUGGCCAGGGUGGCCGGGCUCCAGCAGUCCGUUGCCCAUGCAGUGGCUGGUGCCCCCGCUCCUGGAGGGCUGCCUCACCAUUGCUCACCACUGUCUGCCCAGAGACAGGGACGCCGUGCUCAGGUCCUGAUCCUGUCUCACAAGGUUGUCACUCGGUCUGUGCCGUGUGGCCAUGGCCACUCCACUUGGUAGGAGCCACGCUUCCUCCUGCUCCUACUAAGUGAGAAACAUGACACUAAAACAUGUGAGAAAACAGGAUGUCUCAAAUCUUGAUUGCUGCAAGAUAUCUACCACCUGUCUACAUGAUAGAACAUCAAAGGAGGGACAUCCUUGGAUCUCAAAGACGCUAUAGCUUGUUUGCACCAAGAAACUCCUCUGCAGCUCAUCUGCCGUGUAGGCCCCAGCACUGCCCAGGGGCAGAGGCAAGGGGGGCUCACACAGCAACCAUGUGGGACAAUAAUUGGACAACCAUAGGUCACUGUCAUGUUGAUUGGUGAAACCAUGAGUUGAAAGUGACAAUAAAUUACUGAUGCCCCUCGCUGCAAAUGGGACCCUCACCACCAUUGAUCCUCAUCAUCGUUACAACUCAAGAGACCUCAGAAUCCCGGAUCAAUGGGACGCUCUUGACUCCGAAGGACCUUUAAGUCAUUGCACUAAGGCGGACUGAAGGAAACCAAAGCGGACCUGGUGGCAACCUUUCCUGCUUCGCUGUGUAAUACUGCUUCUCUUUUCAUUCUUUCCUUUACCUCUGCCUUCUCUAUAUCUCCAUUAAGCAUUAUUUUAAGGAAACAGUAGGAAAGCUACAGCAAACAGCAUCUGACCUCGUUUGUGUCUUAAUCGCAUGUUCCGAAUAAUUUUGAACCCCUCCCGGACCAAUCAGACCAGGACCUUGCAUCCUCCUCCCAUCCUGCUGCUCCCGCAGGACUUCUGGCACCAGGGUGCCCCCGAUGUCCCCAUCCCCGGUGCCCACCAUCAGUGCUGGGAUUCGGACAAUACCUGGGGCUCUGUCCCCUUGUGCAAGGAGGAGCUAGAGUUUGUCUUCUGUAUCGUUGCUAUCCUGACUGUUUCCCCACCAUUCUUCUACUCUUACAACCACCUCUGGGUCAAACAGCUUCUCCUGGGGGAGAGCUUUUGCGGUCCCUCAAUAAGAAUUCUUCGCUCACCAUCGAGGGCUACAAAAAUGAUGAGGGACCGGAGCAUCUCCCUGCUGAGGAAAGGCUGAGGGAUGAGGGGCUUUUCAGCCUGGAGAAGAGCAGACUGAGAGGGAACCUCAUCAAUGCUGAGCAAUAGCUAAAGGGUGGGUUUCAGGAGGAUGGGGCCAGACUCUUCUCAGUGGUGCCUGGGGACAGGACGCGGGGCAACAGGUACAACAGGGGAAAUUCCUUCUCAACAUGAGGAGAACCUUCUUUCCUGAGAACCUUCUUUCCUGCACAGGCCCAGAAGCCCAGGCCUUCCAUCUCACUUUCUUGGGUGUCUUGGAGAAGUACCGUCUCAUCAAGCUCUCAAU